AUUGUUUACGCAAAAUGCGGUUAGCCCAUUGGCUCUCUUUUUUUGGGAAUCACAUUAAAAGCUUAUAUUCUUUUGAUUGUGUUUUCCUUUGGUGUCUCUCUCACUUGUACGAGAGAGAGAGAGAGGCCUUUAACACAAUGGAGCCGACAGCACAUCUCCAACAUAUAUAAUAAUAUAUACCCCUUCUUUAGCUAACGCCUCCGCUGCCUGGCUGCCUUCCUCUUCAUCAAUAUAUACUCUAUUCAUCCUGCCAUCCGGUUCUCUCCCUCUCUCUCCUUUUUUCUUUUUUUUGGUACUCUACCUUUUACACAUCUUCUAAAUUGCCUUUUUCAAUUUUCUAGAUUUGCUCUAUUUCAACCUUCGGCUCUUUGCUUGUUUUAGAAGAAACGCGAGGAUUUAUAUAUGAAAGAAACGACUGUAUAUAUGUAUAUUGGCCCAUAAUAAUGUGGUUUUGUCUCCAUCAAAUCAAAUGAUUUCUCUUAAUGUUUCUGGUUUGAAUGAUCUGUCAAGUCUUUGAGCUCUUUUGAUAGCUUUCUGGGUGCUUGUCAAAUUAUGUAGGAAGCAAUGCAGCCCUAUUUAACUUUGUUUCUUAACAUUUCGUUUUGUAAUGAUAUAUAUUUCCUUGAACACGUGCAUUCUAACAGGCUCAUGACCUCAUGAUAUGGAAACUUUUUCCCUUUGUCCAAAAGAGAAUCCAGCACGUACUUCUGGAAACCCCGUUGAAAUGAUUUUUCCACCCUACAGCACCGAUUACAUCUCUACUUGUGCAAUAGAAUCUUCAGAGGGCUUUUUGAGGCCUGUGGAAGGAGAGUCGCACCAUCAACGCGCCUCUUCUGAUAGUUUUCUGGUUGAGCAAUUAUCUUGGCUUGAUGAUCUCCUGGAUGAGCCAGACUUGCCUUUGUACAAAAGUCAUCGACGUUCAUCAAGUGACUCUGUUGCUUUCCUGGACACAGCAAGCAAGACAUUUAGGAAAGAGGAAACCAUGCUCAAAACUAGUGCUGCAGCUGGUGGACCUACUUGGGAAUUUCACACCAUUAAUUAUCAUGAAAAUUCUUGGAAAACUAGCUUUCAUUCAGGUUCUACUCCUGACAAGGAAAAGAAUAAGUCCAGGGAAUCACCCCUGAUUUCUGUGACCAGCAGUUCCAGUGGAGUUGUGCCUUCAACGGAUAGCAUUACUCUUCAAGACUUUGCUCCACGAGAACCAGCUGGAGUAGGUUUGCCAUCGAAACCUAUUGUUAAGCAAAAUCAAGAUGACUCAGAAGUCUCAUCUAAUGUUAAUCAUAAUCCUUCUAAAUCAAAAACGGAUUCCAAACGUGCUAAGCAGCAAUUCGCUCAGCGUUCACGUUUGAGAAAACUUCAGUAUAUAGCUCAACUUGAAAGAAGUGUCCAAAUAUUAGAGGCUGAAGGAUCUCAAGUUUCAGCCAAUCUUGAAUAUCUAUACCGACAAAGUCUCAUACUCGGCAUGGAAAAUCAAGCCUUGAGGCAACGUUUGGAUAGUUUAUCACAGGAACAACUCGCAAAAUACCUGGAGCAGGAUAUGCUAGAGAAAGAAAUAGCAAGGCUUACGUUUUUAUACCAUCAAAAACAGCAGCAAGAGCAAUGGCCGCGACAGCAGAAGCAAAAGCAAAAUGAGCAACAGAAUUACUCUACACACAAUCUAUCUAUAAGUAGAGGAGUGGAGUCACAGAUGACUAACCUAUAUAUAUGAUGAACGGGAGUUGGGUUCUGCAGAUGGAGGAUUGCUCCACGUUUAGAUGAUGGUAAAACAAAAGAAUCAGAUAUGGAAUACAUCCUAUACAUGUAUUUGCAUUAUUUUUCGUGACUUGGGACCUCAUGGGGCCUUAAAACCAUUAGAGUCCUCUGUCCCACAGGCAUCGUCCGUCUUUCUUUCCUUACCAUGUUUGUCGGCCAUACUAGGCAAAGCCAACCUCUUGGAAGAGAGGUCGUGUCAGAUAGUGGCUAAGGUUGUGUUGAUAAAUACAUUACCAAUUCAAUUCAAGCUUGUAGUUUCCAUAACUUGUUUGAAAUAAAAACAGUAUCUGAAGUGGAUUUGAUUUUUUAUAAA